AUGACGGACGUACCACGCGACCCUCUUGUAGAAGGCAUGGAUGAUGAAGCGGAUGCAAUCUUGGACGAUCUGGAUGAGGACGAAAAUAAAGACAAGCGUUUCACCAAAAGGCGAUUCGAUCAAUAUGUCGAGAAACCAGGUGAACUUAGUGAUAGCGAAGACGAAGAAGAGAACGCUGCCAACGGAGUCCGCCGCCAACCUGGCAUAAUGAAACGGAGGAACCAAGUCAACUAUCGCAACCUUGAUGUUGAAUCUGGACUUGAGAGCGGAAUGGCUACCCCCGCCGAUGCUUCUUCGGUACCUGACGAUGACAUGGAUACUACCGCCGACGCGAAGAUGGGCGAUGCCCCACAGACUGAAACCGAGGCACCCGCAACACCUUCCGUCGCCGAGCCACCAUCAAGGGCUGAGGAGGCAUCCGCAGCAGUACCAACGGAAAUGGCGAUUGAUGGUCAAGAGCAAGCAGCUCCCUCUGCGCCUAUUUCUCGCCAGCCGUCCCCCAAGGCACAGGAUGAAGAUAUCACUAUGGAAGACGCGGGCAACGCUGCGCCCGAAACAGAGCAGCAGGAGCAAUCCGUAGCGCCAAGUGAGGCCCAGGCAGAAGAAAAGAAGCCCGCUGAAGAAAAACCCGCUACGGACAAACCUGCAACAGAGCCGUCCUCUCCAGCCGAUGCACAGGCCCCUCAGAAGGAGUCCGUAGAGGACUCAGGGCCAGCCGAAGCAAGUGAGGUAGCGGAAACAGUAGAGAUAACUGAGACCAAAGAAAAGAGCCCAGAAGCUCCUAAGGAUGUGCCUGAGCCAGCCAAAGCAGAGCAGGAAUCACCCAAGGAAGUAAAGGAAUCAACUGGUGAACCUCAAGAGAAGGAGCCCACCAAGAGCGAGGCAUAG